AUGGCCAAGUCAAUAAUCGGCGCACUCGCGCUGGCCUCGCUGCCGUCUGCCCUUGCUUUCCGCAACACGUCGCCCUACUUCCUCUUCUCCACCGCCGACUUGAACAUCCCCUCUGACGAUGCCGACGUCGCCCGCGCCAAUGUUGUCGUCGACCAGAUGGCCUCGGCACUCGAAGGAUGCCCUACGAAGACGUAUUUCGUCGUGCGACAGAACGGUGUCUCCUCCGCCGACUUCAGCGAUGCAAGCCGGUCCGCACCGCGAUUAGCCAGCUACCUGAGCGGCAAGAGCGAAUAUGUGAAGAGCACUUUAGUUGUGCCAGAGGUCAUUGAAGAAAACUUCACGGCGCAGGGAAUCUCGAAGUACCUUGAAAGCAAAUGCGGGGCCGAAGUGUUGCGAGAAGACCAGACCCCAUCCCACAGCGACAAGCAGCGCGUUGUACAAGUGUCGUUCGCUGCGCCCUCUGUAGACAGAGACCUUCGACCGACUGAACUAGAGCAGAGGGAUAACGACCUCCAGCAGCUCAUCUCGAAACUCGCUGAUUUCGAGGACUUCACCGUCAUCUACACCUCCACUCCUCAUACCAAGUUCCAUUCGGAACACCCACCGUACGAGAUGGAGACCCCCUUCGGUGGCGAAGUACAAAUGGAGCUGAAGCGUGACCUCUCCGCCCACAAGCGCGCUCUCAACGGCAAAGCCGGCCUCUUCGAGAAGUACCAGUACUUCACGCCGGGACUUUUCAUGGGUUUCUCCGCCAUGGUCCCGCUUUUCCUUAUCAUCGUGGUCGGUGUCAAGGCUCUUUUGAGCCUGGAAGUUUCGUAUUUCGCAUUCAGCAAAGAGAUGGGCCCGGCUGCUCAGCGACAGCAGAAGUAG